UGUCAGCCAAAGCGUUUGAUAGACAGUGAGCAUGCGUCCUGUGUCUGAAGUUGAUAAAUUGAAAUUGAACGUGCGUAAUUAACCUUUCGGAAUAGGGAAAAAUCACUUUACAACAAAACUCUUCGUUUGUGGAACGUGCUUAUUUGUUUCCUCUAGCUUUUUUGGUGUUUAAAAUGAGCAUGAACAUAAUGGCUCUCUGAAGUUUGAACAGGACAGAAACGGCCGGCCCAGGGGCUGUCAGUUGCUCACUUUUUUGAGGAAAUAGGCCUAGUUUCUGUCUCAGCAUGUCAAUAGUAACAGUGCAACUUGGUCAGUGUGGCAAUCAGAUUGGUUUUGAAGUGUUUGAUGCUUUAUUUAGUGAUUCACACUGUACCCAGGGACUUUGCUCUAAAAGAGAGAACGAGGCAUAUCAAUCAUCCUGCAAAGAAAGAUUCUUCAAUGAGGAGGAAAAUGGAGUUCCAAUUGCCCGGGCUGUACUUGUUGACAUGGAACCUAAAGUUAUUAAUCAAACACUAUCAAAGGCUGCCCAGUCUGGCCGAUGGAAAUAUGGCCAGCAUUCAUGCUUCUGUCAAAAACAAGGUUCUGGAAACAACUGGGCAUAUGGUUACUCUGUUCAUGGACCCAGACAUGAAGAAUCUGUAAUGAACCUAAUCCAGAAGGAAGUAGAGAAAUGUGACUCUUUGAGUGGUUUUUUCAUCAUAAUGAGUAUGGCUGGAGGCACAGGGUCUGGACUAGGAACCUUCAUUACACAGAAUUUACAAGAUCAGUAUUCCAGCUCUUUGAAAAUGAAUCACAUUAUAUGGCCUUAUGGAACUGGUGAGGUCAUUGUUCAGAACUACAACUCCAUUUUGACUCUUUCUCACUUGUACCGGUCUUCAGACGCCCUCCUUGUUCAUGAGAAUGAUGCUGUUCAUAAGAUCUGUGCAAAAUUGCUGAAUAUCAAGCAGAUAUCCUUUAACAAUAUAAAUCAAGUCCUCGCCCAUCAGCUGGGAAGUGUGUUCCAGCCUACUUAUUCUGAGGAAGGCUCAUUUCACUACAGAAGAAAUCCAUUAGGAAACUUAAUGGAGAAUUUAGUUCCCCAUCCCGAAUUCAAGAUGCUGGGUGUCCGUAACAUUCCUCACAUGUCUGAGAACUCACUGGCAUACAGCACGUUUACUUGGGCUGGCCUCCUCAAGCAUUUGAGACAGAUGCUCAUUUCUAAUGCGAAAAUGGAAGAAGGUAUUGAUUGGAGGGUACAGCCUCCUUUAGCAAGACUGCCGACUCUUGGUAAGAGGUCCCUCAAUGAGGAGCUCCGCUUUAACACUUCCAUUGCUAACUUGGUCAUCCUUCGUGGGAAAGAUGUGCACAGUGCAGAUGUGGGGGGAUUUAAAGACCCAGCUCUCUAUACUUCCUGGCUGGGACCAGAUAAUGCUUUCAACGUGUGGAAAACCCAGCGAGCCUUUAGCAAGUAUGAGAAGUCUGCAGCACUGGUCAGCAACAGCCAAUUCUUAGUAAAACCACUUGAUGUGAUUGUGAGCAAAGCAUGGAAUAUGUUUGCUUCAAAGGCCUACAUUCAUCAGUACACAAAAUUUGGAAUUGAAGAAGAAGACUUUUUGGACAGCUUCACAUUGUUAGAACGGGUUGUUGCCAGCUACUGCAACCUCUGACCUUGCACAGAUGGCUCAGGGAAAAAGUACCUUACAUCAUUUUUGGACUAAACUAUUUUCAAUACUGUUUUCCCUGUUAAUUUUCAAAUUUUGAUCUUUAAAAAGCAACCAGGUCAGAUGUUGAUUUCUUUUGCAUACUAUGCCCACAGAACAGGACAAAAACCUCUUAGAUGGAAAGUAGCAUGUUUUCAAUGAAAAUGUCUACUUGGUAUUUUCAUUUUUAGGGAAAAAAAAUUGGUGUUUCUAUAAAGAACUUUGGAAACACUUUGGUGAGAUGUUGGAACUCUGGAACUGUGCAAAAAAGGGAAUAUUGUGUUUUUUCCCUAUAUAAAUAACUCUUCCCUCUUUAUUCCAAAAAAGAUUCAUGAAAUAGAAGCUGAACUUUCACAGCACAAUUUUAAGCUAAGAAAUUGCAAUUCUGUAUUUAAAUGUAUUUAUCUUUGAAGUGAAUGUUGUGAACCACAAGAGGGAGCUGUUGUUAAAUGCUGCAGGGUGAAUGUGUAUUUUGAAUAUUUUUAUUCUACAACAGGUAACAUUUUUCCACUUCAGGCAGCUAUUUAAAAAUAAAUGUCAGGAUUUCGUUAAUAAAUACACAUCAUGCUUAAAUAUACAAAAGUAAAUAAGCAAAUGUUUCUUUUGUUUGCAUUUCUUAAACUUUUUGUAUAUCAGAAAUUUGGGUCAGUUUUUCUUUUAGACCUUGGAAUGCCAAGGCAGAAACUGAUUUUAUUCGACUAGCGCUUUAAAAUUACUUAUAGUUAUUUAGAAGAUGGCUAUAUGCUUUUCAGUAAAAGGGGUAAGAACUUUCACCAAAAUUUCACUAAGUUGAGAAAAUUAUCACCAAGGAAAUACUGUGUUGGAUGAAACUGGCACAUCCAGACGUGAGCUUCACUCAGAAGGACAAACACAAUUGGAAACUGGCAGCAGAGUGAGGGGCAUGGUGUAUUUCAAUAAAACACAUCACAUGCAACGUAUUAACAAAUGUAAAAUGGGAAACAAAUAGGAACAUUUACCCUUUCUGCCAAAUCUACCAGUGGUGAAUUAUUUUUAUUUGGAAAAAUGACAGUUCACAGCUUCACUGUUCUUCCUUUUCUUUCCAUAUGGAAAUGAUUACCUUUUUGCUGUUUUUGUUAUCAACUGUUGCUAUGAUUUAAAAUACUGAACCAUAUCUUAUUUCUAAGGAAUGUAAAAAGUGGUCUGUUCAGCCACUGACAGGCACACCCCACUGCUGCAUUUUGUUAACCCAAGUAUACUGGAAAAUAAUUAGAUCAUAACUUUUAUAAAAUGAAGUUAAAAGUAAUUGUUUAGCACUGAAGAGAUCCAAAAACCAAAACAAUUUCCCAAACUAAGCCAGCAUUAAU